CCCCCCUCGCCCUCAGCGCGCCGGAGCGGUGCCGGGCCGGGCCGAGCGGGUCGAUGCUGCGCCGGGCCGCGCUGCUGCCCCGCGCCCUGGGCGGCGGCGGCUGCGGCUGCUGCGCGGCCCGCGGCUGGGCGGGCGCGGCGGGCGGCGGCUCCCGCCCGAGGGCCGCCCCGGGGCUGCCGCCGGGCCGCGCCUGGCGCCGGGCCGCGGCUGUGGCGGCGCUGCCGCCGGGCGCCCGAGGGCUGCGCUGGGCCGGUAGAUUUUACCUACAUGCCCCCACCGAGACCUCGCAAGCCACCCUAGCCAGCGUGUCUCCUGUGUUUGCCGUGAUGAAGUUUGACAAGAAGGGAAAUACUACCUAUUUUGAAAAGAAGAAAACAGAAUUGUACCAGGAGUUGGGUCUUCAAGCUCGAGAUCUAAGAUUUCAGCAUGUGAUGAGCAUUGCAACCAGGAACAACAGGAUCAUCAUGAGAAUGGAGUUCUUGAAGGCUGUCAUAACACCAGAGUUUCUUCUGAUACUAGAUUAUCGUAAUUUAAGUCUGGAACACUGGCUCCUCAAUGAACUAGCAUCUCAGCUGGCUGGGGAAGGUCAACUAGUCACAUAUUCCCUGCCCUUUGAAUUCCGAGCCAUAGAAGCAAUCCUGCAGUACUGGAUCAGCAAACUGCAGGGAAGACUUAACACUUUGCAGCCUCAGAUCCUUGAGACACUGGAAGCCCUAGUGGAUCCCAAGCUUUUAUCUGUGGAUAGGAGUAAACUACACAUUCUUCUGCAAAAUGGCAAGAGCUUGUCAGAACUGGAAACAGAUCUUAAAGUUUUCAAAGAAACGAUUCUGGAGAUCUUAGAUGACGAAGAAGUAAUAGAAGAACUUUGUCUAUCUAAAUGGACUGAUCCACAAGUAUUUGAGGAGAGUAUGUCUGGGAUUGACCAUGCAGAGGAAAUGGAGCUGCUGUUGGAGAAUUAUUACAGACAAGCAGAAGAUCUUUUAAAUGAUGCUCGUGAACUCAGAGUACUGAUUGACGACUCAGAAAGCAUCAUCUUUAUCAACUUGGACAGCCACCGUAAUGUGAUGAUGAGGCUGAACUUGCAGCUGACUAUGGGGACGUUCUCUGUCUCUCUCUUUGGACUCAUAGGAGUUGCAUUUGGUAUGAACUUGGAGUCGUCUCUUGAAGAGGACCCCAGGAUAUUUUGGUUGGUGACAGGGAUUAUGUUUCUGGGCAGUGGUCUCAUCUGGCGGCGCUUGCUUUCCUUCCUUGGGCGGCACCUGGAUCCUCCGCUGCCUCCUCACGUUCCUGCAGUUUUGAAAAAAUCCCAACCAGCAGCUGGAAGAGUGGAGAUAAAGACCAGCCUGAAAGGAGAAACAUUUGGGCUGAGCAGAAGCACAUUAACAAACCAGUAGGAACAGCGGGAAUGAAGAGACUUUUGUUGUUACAGGGUGGACUUUGGACACUUUCCUUAUAUUUGUUCUUUACUGAAAAAAAUUUCUAAACUUGCUAAUUUAAUAUAUAUAUUUUGUGCCAAAAACAUACAAUGAAAUUUUUAAUGCUCACGCACAUAAGGAGAGAAACACAAGGGAAGAUAAAAAAAUGCUUUCUACAGUAGUUUCACCUCCAGCCCGUGUAUGUGCCUUUAGUUUUCUGUAUCACAUACAUGUACUUUUUGGGCAUUCUCAUUUUUAGUGUUUCUGUCAAAUACUGCUUCGCUUAAUGACCUUUCUUACAGAGAACAGAAUUUUUGGCUUAAAGAAGGACAGCGGUCAGCACUGAUCAAUAAUUCUGGUUCUGAACUGCAGAUUUAGGAAUCUGACUUCAAAGAAAAAUCAAUCCACCCCAAGAGUGGCUUCUUGAAUGGCUUUUUUAGACCCUAUUUAAUUGCAGAGAACAGGUUUUCCAAAGCAAAAAGCAUACAUUCAUCUCUUGUGAAGCAUGACUUCUAGAUUGGCAGCAGUGAGAAAAAAGGAGCAAUAAAAGGCUUUGAAUUGUA